CAAAGGGAAGGGACGGGGACGUUCAAGUUCAAGAGUAGAACGCUUGCACUAUACACACGGAUACAUAUAUGCGCGUACAUACACUCAAUACUAUCUCCCUCUCUCUCGCUUUGCGUUUUGGGUCGCCUUUAUUCUCUGAUGUUUGUUGAUGGUUCUGCACCUCUGCCUCUGAAGAGAAGGAGACUCACCACCAUUGAUAUCAUGGAAGCUGAAGCAGCUAAGGCCAAACUUGCAGCUGUCAAGGAAAAGGUUGGGCGAGAUGUCCGUGUUUUUGAAACAUUAGGGCUUUCUUCUUCAACAAAUCAAGUGUCUGAUGAGGAGUCAGAUGACUUCUAUGAGUUCACUGCAGAGGAUUAUCAUAGAAUUUUGGCAACAAGAAAGGAAGAUAAAUAUUUGAAGACUAAAAAAAUUCGAGAUGCCGAAGAAGCAGCUCGCAGGUCAAGAAUAACAAAGGCUGUGAUUAGGGUUCGCUUUCCUGAUAAUCAUACAUUGGAGGUAGCUUUUCUUCCAUCAGAAAAGAUUCAGAGUUUAUUUGAUCUUCUCAUGAAAGUGGUUGCACGACCAGAAGUACCUUUCUAUUUAUAUACAACUCCUCCCAAGAAGCAAAUAAAAGACAUGCUGCAGGAUUUUUACUCGGCUGGCUUUGUUCCUGGUGCAAUUGUGUAUUUUUCAUAUGAUCUACCGCAAGGAGAUGAUUCUGCAGCUCUCAGUUCUGGUCCCUUCCUCCAAGAAGAGAUAAUGUCUUUGAAAGGUUGGGAAUUGAUUUCGGAACCAGCAGAGCCUGUUCAGUCUGCUGGACCAGAACCUGUAACAGUGGCUCCUUCCCCUGUCCCUCAAGAGUCCAAGUCUGCUGGGAAAAAACCCAUCAAACCGAAGUGGCUGAAAAUGUGAUACAACCAACUCUGCCAGUGAGCACCCCAUUCCUGAGGGUAACUGAAGGGAUAUAGAAUGUGUGGAAUCCAUUAUAAACUGAAUCUUUAGGAAGUUGUAAAAGGCUCAAGGAAAUGACUUGCUUCUUACCCUCAGCUCGUGUAUCAUGUGAAUAUUAAUUGUGCCUUGCCUCAAGUUUUCACGAAUGGCUUGUCAUUGCUCUGUUGGUAACUUUGUAUUAAUUGAUAAUUUUCGUAUGUUGAUCCAUUCUUUAGCUGUACUAAAGAGUGGAAGUAGGCCAUCACAAUAUUCCUGCUCACAAAGGCGGCAUUUUCUAAUCAUCUAAUGAAAUAAUAAUGUAGAAGCUCAUAAUGUAACUAUAAUUUCCCUACUGAUUCCGAAUUUUUAUCCAUUUUGACAAGGCUUAAACUGGUC